AUGAUUCUAAUACUAGUAAUUGAUCUAAUUAAUAGCGUUCAUACACACUAUCCAUUGCCUUAUGAUUCGAAUAUCAACAGCUAUGAUUCCAAACGAUUCGGUGCAUAUCAAACUGAUCAAUCGAAAUAUCCGUCUUCCUUUGUGAAACAACCAGUACCGAAUUACCCACAGCCACCAUGUCCAUGUCCAAAGCCAUAUUCUUGUCCAUCUCAAUAUUGCCCCCCUCCACCAAUCUGCCCACCUCCCCCUCCUCCUCCUCCACCGCCACCUAUUCGAUGUCUCCCCACACCUCCACCCAUUCCAUGCCCUGUUCCACCUCAGCCUAACCGAUGUCCCUUUCCACCGUCCUCAUUUCGAUGCCCUCGGCCACCAACACCAGUUAUUUGCCCACCUCGUCUCCCACCAUUGCCGUGCCUUUCUAAUCCUUUCCCUCCACCAGUUCCAUAUCUUCCUGGUACUUUUCCCCACCUGUCCAGAAACUGUUGUCCAUGUGGCAAUAAUCGAAGGGCAAUAAUUUCCCCGAAUGCUGGAUCAUAUCCCAAUCAAAACAUCCGAAUUGAUGCAACAACAAACAUUCCUCCUUCAGUCCUUCCACCGUCUGCACCUCAGAGUUAUAUUGAUCAUGAAAAUGUACACAUAAUUACGACAGGCUCCACUAAAAUAGAUAAUCAACAACAACAACAAUUUACCGACACACCACCUUUCAUCGAGUCAUCCUCUCAACCAUCGGAUGAUCAGAUCAAAAUUGUGAAAUCUGAACAAAACCAACAAUUGGUGAACGAAGAAACACCGGAGGGUAUUCCUAUUAGGAUAAUCGACGAUCAUUCUGAAAUAAUUCCGAAAUAUAACACUCCUGACCUACUGUCGGCUACAUCGUCACGUGAUCAAACCAACAGUAUCGCUUCCACGUUUCAAAGUGAUGGGAAGUCCAUUCUUGUAAAUCCAGUUCAACCCGCGUUAUCAUCCGGCUACCAGUACAGCAGUGAUGCUAUCACACCGUCAUAUGGUUAUGACACAAUCCGGAGAGAACAAAAUAUCCCAGGAAAAUACACUCGUCAAGAAUACAUCGGAAGAGACUAUGCAAGAUGGAACAAUCCGAAUGAUUACAAUCCGAAUCGCCAAGCAGCACAGCAUAUAGCCAAAAAUGACAGCAGUCAGUCGAAACGGCAAAUUCAAGAGGCGGCUGAGGAACAAUUCGGUGGUCAUUUUAAUGUGAUAUGCGGCACUGGUGAAUUCUCGUAUGUGGCUCAUACACAGAAGUUUUGUCAGUACUCCACCGAUGAUAUAACUUGUUAUGUAUUUCGACCUCUUUAA